AGGCCCCUUCGCCAUCGGCAUCUGGUGAAGCGGAAAGACUUGUGCAAGGAAUAAGCAUGAUUCCGGGAGCCAGAACAGGCGGAAGCCUCUCUGGGAGUUCCGGCCCACGAGGGCGCACCACAAAACCGACUGCUGCAGAGUAAGAGGCUUUGGCCGUGAACAGAUCUUGCUGGAGGCGGGGCGGGGAAGAAGCAUAUGCGCGUGUCCGGAAGUGGCGCCGUGCAGGCGCGUCCCCUUGGCGCCAGAGCUGGUUUCUGUUGCGUGGCAGUUCCUGGGUGCGCAGUUCCUGAGGUCGCGCUGGCGGCUGGUUCGGGUCGUUUUCUCGAAAAGUUGGCAGCGGCUUUUUCACCCGGGUUCUGCUUGAGGCCAAGCUGAGGAGUGGCUGUUGGCUUGGGAGACGGAGCGGAAGAGCCAGCCGGGCCGGCCCGGCGCGAGCUCCCAGGGCCCAGCGGCGCAGGCUCAGACAGGGCCUCGGAGGAGAGAGGCCGGAGAAGGCGUCCUGCCCCGGAUCUGUCAGAGCAGUUCUGCAAAACGGGGCUGGGGUGCCGUGGAGCGACGGUGACGCCAGAGAACUGCUGGGAGGCGGUGGCUCCAGGUGGCACCCAAUGCUGGAGCCAGGAGGAACUGCUGAAGUGUUUUUAACCGUGGCUGCACCAUUUUUGUACCGUCUCACCAGCACUGUGUGAGGGCUCCAAUCUCUCCACAUCCUCGUCAACAUUUGUACCACCUUCUGGGGACCCUGCCCUUCCCCAAAAGGAAGACUCAGGAGAAGGAGGAAUGGAUUCUAGUCUCUGCAUAACUGGCCCCAGGGAUCCACACUCUUCAGCAGUGUGACUGUAGCUUUUACCCAAGAUGGGUGGAGGCACCUGUUCCCUGCUCCAAAGGACAGAUUCAAGGAGGGGUUACCAGAAAUGACCAGGAACCUGGUCCUACUGGACUGGAAGAUUGUAUCUCAGUCACCACCCCAGCAAGCCAUUUCUGAAGAAUCAUUUCCAGACACGAGUGUAGAGAUGGCCCCUGGAGAUUCAGAGCACAGAAAGGGUGAACUUGGGAAGAGCUUCAGUCUGAGACCAGUCCUUUCACCCCAGCAGAGAGUUCCUAAAGAGCACCAGAAGAGCCACACUGGGGAGAAACCCUAUGAGUGCAGUGAGUGUGGGAAGGCCUUCAGCCAGAGCUCAUCUCUUGUUCAGCACCAGAGGAUCCACACGGGAGAGAAGCCUUACAAAUGCAGUGAAUGCGGAAGAGCCUUCAGCCAGAACGCUAACCUCACAAAACACCAGCGAACCCACACUGGAGAAAAGCCCUACAAAUGUAGUGAGUGUGACAAAGCCUUCAGCGACUGUUCAGGCCUUGUUCAGCAUCAGCGAAUUCAUACUGGAGAGAAACCCUAUGAAUGCAGCAACUGUGGGAAGGCCUUCCGCGACAGUGCAAACCUCACAAACCACCAGCGGACUCACACUGGGGAGAAGCCCUACAAGUGCAGUGAGUGUGGGAAAGCCUUCAGCCAGAACGCAAACCUCACAAAACACCAGCGAACCCACACUGGAGAAAAGCCCUACAAAUGUAGUGAGUGUGACAAAGCCUUCAGCGACUCUUCAGCCCUUGUUCAGCAUCAGCGAAUUCAUAGUGGAGAGAAACCCUAUGAAUGCAGCAACUGUGGGAAGGCCUUCCGUCAGAGUUCAAACCUCACAAACCAUCAGAGGACUCAUACAGGAGAGAAACCCUACAAGUGCAGUCAGUGUGGGAAGGCCUUCAGCCAGAGUACAAAUCUUAUAAUCCACCAAAAGACCCACACUGGGGAGAAGCCACACAAAUGUAAUGAAUGUGGGAAAUUCUUCAGUGAGAGCUCAGCCCUUAUUCGACAUCACAUAAUUCACACUGGAGAAAAGCCCUAUGAGUGUAAUGAGUGUGGAAAAGCUUUUAACCAGAGUUCAUCCCUUAGUCAGCAUCAGAGGAUUCACACUGGUGUGAAACCCUAUGAAUGCAGCAAGUGUGGAAGGGCCUUCAGGUGUAGGUCAGCUUUCACUAGACAUCAGAGACUCCAUGCUAGAGAAUCGUUGGGAACACAGUAGGUGGAGAAAGCCCCAGACGUGCCACGUCAUAACUCAACAUCUAAGACAGGGCAGAUGGGUGGGGCUCUAAGAGAAAUGCUGAGGGCAUGAAAGCAUCUGGGGAUGUUUGACUUUCAUAGUCUAGUGCACAGUCACAUGCAAAAGUACCUUUAAUAAAUACUUCGUCACUAUUUUACAUCUUG